AGAACCUUUCGGAAACCUUGCACACCAGUCGAACUCUUCCGGCUCCUCUAGCGCUCGCUCCCCACCUCCCCGACGCAGCGCAGUCACUGUCCUCGCUCGCUCGCCCCGCCGCACGCAUCCAUGGAUUCCCCCCCGACACACGCCGCCGCCACGCCGAUGACGGCCGCUGUCCCGCCGCUCGACGACUGCCUCCGCCUCCUCCGCGGUGAGCGCGACGAGCAGAAGCUGGCGGGCCUACUCGUUGCCGCGAACGUCUGCCGCGCCGGCGACGCCGGCGCCGUCGCCGAGGUCUACCGCGCUGUCGGGCCCCGCUUCCUCCGCCGCCUUCUCAACACCGGGUUGGGGAAAGUCGAGGGCGGGAAGGAGGAGGAGCGUGAGGCGUACCUGCGCCUCGCGGUGACGGUUCUCGCUGGGCUCGCGCGCGUCCAGGAGGUUGCGGCCGACGAGGGGGUCGUCUCUACUUUGCCCCUCGUCGCCGAGGUCGUCUCCAAAUCGACUGAUCCAGCAAUUAUUGAAGAAUGCUUUGAACUUCUGUCACUUAUUGCAAUAGCCUCCGAAGAUGGGGCAUACAAAUUUUGUGAGCCUGGAGUAAUGGACAUGAUCUUCCUUCAAAUCGCAAGCUUACCAGAUGGUUCAAAGUGCAUAGAGCUUGCCAUUAAUCUAAUGAAGUUACUGGUUCAUAAACUCAGUGUUGACAACAUGAGUGUGGAGAAACUGCAAGGCAUGAUAGGCAUGGUGAUUUGUCUUGCCAGGCUUUUUGCUGUUCUUCAUACUGCAGUUAAAUUUGAUGCCCUGCACAUGCUUACCACCCUCCUGUCCCAAAAAGAUUCUCCACUUCAUGAUUCUUUGAGAUCAAUGCCGGAAUCAAUUUGGGAUUCUCACAUCCGAGUUGGGAUCACAUCUGUUCUCCAAAAUCGUGUUGUAUCCUCUGAAAAGCUGCACGCUCUUCUUUUGGCGGAGUGCAUGAUGUCCAUACUAGGCGAGAAUUGGUUGUCAGAAGAUUACAAAAUCGAUGAUAACCAGAAUGUGAUGCCUGUUGACAAGUUUGUAUUGCUUGUCUUAGAAUCUGCAAGAGUUGAAGUGGCUGUCUUUCUAAAUGAACUCGCUUAUUUGAAGUAUGAGUCUUUGAAAACUUCUCACACUGAUGACGCCGUCAGUCAGAAACAGAGAAACCUGGCUAUACUAUUUUCACUAAUAGAAAGAAUAAUCAAAAUGAUAUCAAAUGCCAGUAGUGGUGAAGGUGCACCAAGUCAGACUAUCCGUGAGAGUACCAUCAUGCAGGCGAUUACGGGAUUAAAUGAGACAAUCAGUUUAGUUUUAGACUUUCUGCAGGAUGCAAAGGAUCAUGGGCAACGGAAAGGUGAUGAUCUUUUGGCAGCUGCAAGAAUAGUAGGAAGUUAUCUGGCAGAGGCGCCAUAUGCCUGCAAGGAGAAGACUAGACAUCUAUUGGAAUUUAUCUUUUCUAUAGAAGGUCAAGAUGAACCAAGCCCCUUCCAUUCUAUUUGCUUCAUGCUUCCAAUGUUAUCCCAAAUAACAAUGGAGGCUGAUGGAUGUAGAACUUUGGCGUCAAUUGGUGGCUAUAAGGCAGUUAUAGAUUGCCUUGUUAAAAUGACUGAGCAGGAUGGAAUGACGAUUGACAACGGUAGCAUGUUUAUGGCAUGUGAUACCAUCAUAAACUUUAUGUCUAAUAGGAAAAGUGUUCAUAUUCCAGUUGAGUCUUGCUUCAUUCGCCUCCUACAAGCACUUGUUACAUGGGCUGGAACCACAGAUGUCUCAUCAGUUACCAUGACAGCGUCCUGCUUAUGCACUAUGGUGUUGGACUUGACAUCAGAAGAGUUUCUGUUGAGCUGCUCUGAUUUUGACUCGAAGACCCUUGGGAGUUUGUCUGAGCUCAUUGUCAGAAGUUUGCAACAGGAUAUCCCUGACAAUGAUAGGGAACAGUUCAACCAAAAGCAGAUCAUUGUAUCAGGUUAUAGGCGAUGGGCUGAUCUAUUUCCACAUGUUAAAAAUGUUGUGGAGCAGCACGUAUCUGUGUGACUAUCCAUUGUUCCGCUACCCCUAGAGCUGUUCUUCCUGAAUGAAAACCUGCAAAUGGGAAUUUAAAAGUGCAAGUAUGGCCAUGCUUCAAUUUUAAUCUUUGGUGGGCCAUUAAGAUUUACGAACCAUUCCCGUAUUUACAUGUGACAUGUUGCUGAUUUGUUUUCGAUUAGGGGGUUUUAGGUUGUGAUAAUUCUUCAAUGGGGGAUUUUGGGUUCGGGCAAUUCGCCAACGGCAGCUCACUGACAGGAGUGCACCAAUAUGGAUCAGAAGGAUGACGUUGUAUGCAUCCUGGAAAUCCUCAGUAGCGAACCAAGUUGUGUGUUAUUUGUUAGAGCAUGACACCAGAAUGCAGAGGAAGGAACAAGGCGGUGAUUGAGGUUACCCCCAAGCAAUCUAUAUAAAAGCCAUUUCUCUUUGUUCCACUAUCUUGUACAGAACUCAUGUAAUGAUGAAGCUUAACAAGUAGUGCAGUACACUGAAGGAAAGUUUUCUUAGAUCAAGGGAGGGCUUUCAUUUACUGCUCUGCCAUCGUGACCGUUUGUUUCGCAUGUGCGGCUCUUUGUAUUAGUUGCAACUGCAGUCCCGACCAAUCCAGGAUGGUCUGAAAAAUAUGGCUGCCUUCCUUUGUA